AUGGCCCGUCUCACGGCGAUUUUCCUUGCACUCGCGCUCUCCUGCCGCAUCCUGCCCGCCCUCUCGAUGCCCGCCCUGGGCCCCGAACGCGCGGUGUUCCUGACGGCCUUCGGCGAGUUUGAGGUCGGCUUCUACAGCGAGGCCGCGCCCAAGACGUCGCGCCACAUCCUCAGGCUGUGCCAGCUGGGCGCCUACACCGGCAACCACUUCUUCAACGUGCAGCCGGACUACCACGUCCAGGUGGAGGGCGUGACCGGCGGGCGCCAGUCGCCGCUCAGCAAGGGAAUCAAAAAGCUGGACAGGAAGCGCAUGCCGCUCGAGGUGUCGGAGGAGCUGGUGCACGAGGCGGGCAGCGUGUCCCUGGCGCACGGCGGGGACCCGGACACCGGCGGCUCGUCCUUCGCGAUCCUGCUCAACCGGGCGCCCCACCUGGACGGCAACUACACCGUCUUUGGGCAAGUGACGCGGGGGCUGGGCGUGCUGUACGAGGUGGAGGACGUGGAGACGGAGGGCGACGGGCCGGUGCAGAGGCCCACGGAGCGCGUGCCCAUCUACUCCACUUAUUGGUACACCACCGAGGGGGAUGGCCUUGAGGCCCGGUGCGACCUGGAGUGA